AUAAGGAAAAAGAUGAUAUAAAAAAGGAGAAAGAAGUCAUUAAGGAAAAUAUUAAUAAAAUAGAUAAAGACAAUAUAAAGAAAGUAAAGAAUGAUAAGAAAGAAAGCAUAGCUGAUAAUAAGCUACAAUCUAGUACACAAAAUA